AUCAGCUGAUUACAGAACGCAGCUGAUCACUGACGUUGGCAAUGCAGAAUUUUUUAUAGAUUCAUAACUUGUGACAAUAAUUUAAAUUUCCAAUCUAAAUGAUUUCAAUACUUUUAACCAGACUAGCUGGUCUUUUACAAUUACACUUUCCUGCAUAGUAAAAGUUUUCCUGUAGAAUGAAAUAAAUAUAUAUUACGCGUAAUAUUAUACGCUUUGAAGUACCGAAAAAAAAGCAAAGUGUAACAAAUGUAAUAUUUGCAUUUAUAAUUUUCUGAAUUAAUUUCUAAACUAUUUAAUUUAUAAUAAAUCAAAUCAGGUGUUGUGUGUGUGGAUAUAUAUAUAUAUAUCUAUAUAUAUCGUUGCGACACAGCCUUGUGCAAAAAAACAAGAAGAAUCUGCAACGAGCAAGUGUGGCUGUAUAGAAUUGUGAUCUUCAGUAUUCUCCACUGAAAUUCAAAACCGUUCAUCCAUGACACGUCUGCGAUUCAAUCUUGCGCCCAAAUUUCAAUCGAUGGUCCGGAAAAAGUUUCUCGUCAGAGCGAAUAUACUGAUGUUCCUGCUCGUGCCGGCAAUCGUCUUUCUGUGCGUGCACUAUUUACCGGCACGAAGAUGUCCGCCGGACGAACAGAUGCUGGACAGUAAGCCUAAAUACAGAUUGAUUGUCCUGAUUCUUAGCAGCCCGGAUAAUUUGGAGCGCCGUGACACCAUCAGGAAGACCUGGCUGGCUGAUCGCGGCCACAGUGCCAUGGUACGACAUUUCUUUGUCAUUGGCACCCAGGACAUUCUGCCGGAACAAAGGAAUACCUUACAAUCAGAGAAAGAGAAGUUUGACGAUCUUCUGCUGUUACCCAAGCUGCAGGACUCUUAUGGAACAUUAACUAAGAAGGUGCUUUACUCGUUCAAAGGCGUCUAUGAACGGUACAGCUUUGAUUAUCUGCUGAAGUGUGAUGACGAUUCCUACGUCUUGGUGCAUAAAUUUUUGAAAGAGCUUGACAGAUGGCAGAACAAAGGCACAAGAAGAGAGCUUUAUUGGGGCUUCUUCAAUGGACGCGCACAGGUGAAAAGAAGUGGCCCGUGGAAAGAGACAGAUUGGAUCCUGUGUGAUUAUUAUCUUCCUUACGCCGUAGGCGGCGGAUACGUUUUGUCCUACAAUCUUGUAAAGUUCAUCGCCAGCAAUGCAGAUAUUUUGAAAUUACACAAUUCGGAGGAUGUUUCCGUUGGUCUCUGGCUGGCACCGUUGGCGAACAUUGAAAGGAAGCAUGAUGUGCGCUUUGACACAGAAUACAGAUCACGCGGCUGCUCCAAUCAGUACAUGAUUACGCACAAGCAAACCAUUCAGAGUAUGAGAAGUAUGCACGAGUAUUACCAAGCCUCCGGUGCGUUGUGUUCCAAAGAAGUGAGAAAUCGCAUGAGUUAUCAGUACAACUGGACUGUGCCACCUAGUCAGUGCUGCAACAGACAAUCCGGCAUUCCCUAAUGCAACAGAAAAAAAGAUUUCUGCAACAUUCUAGUCCGAUUUUUUACUAUACUUGCUCAAUAUUCCGGUAUCAUUAUUUAUUUUGUAUAUUUAUAAUGAAAGCUAUAACGUCUUAAUUAUAUUUUGACAUAUACGUGUUAGGAUAGUUUUAUAUUUGUAUUAAACGCUUAAAAAAUUCUCAAGAAUGUAAUGUAAACAGUAUUAAGCAAAAUGAGAGUUACAAAAGAUAGCAUUUCCAAAUUUUUUUGUAAAGUUAAAGGGAUAAUCUGGAUUUUGUUGAUUGGGCAUUAUUGCGCAGUGGCGCAAUGUAGCAAUUGGUUCAACGCGCUUGUAAAUACGUUUUGUAAAUACAUUUUGAACGAUGGCUAAAUAGGUACGAAUAAGUUUCAAUAAAUCAAAUGCACUCUUUUCAAUCAUAA